AUCGACCCCGGGGCUGAUCGGACGCGGGCUGGGCCGCUGGAGCGACGACGGACGUGGUCCGGGCGUCCCGCAGCAGCCGCCGCCGCCCCGCUGGUGCUGGUGCCGAUCGAUAGCCCUGAUCGACGCGUCGGACACCGGCCUGCCGACACAUCUUGUCCGGGCUCCAACACCGGAGGAAAUCGGGGAAAGUUGGAGCAGAAUGGAGACCCUGGGUAGCGAGCACGAAGAUGCCUCUCUGCAGAAGAAGAAGGCCAAGAAGUUCCGGCUGUUCGGCAAGAAGAAGUCCCAACCUGUCCAGCUGGACCCCAACUGCCCCCAGUGCAAUCCGCAUCUCCUGGCCGCCCUGGAGGCCAAGCGGCGAGAGCAGCAAGCGCAGCAACAGUCGACCGCCGACCAGCAGCUGCCUAGCGUUCACGGCAGCACGCACCGAACAGCGACCACCAUCCCCGGGGUUGUGAAUGAGGACGACGACGAUACGCUGUCUUCGAUCGCUGAAGACAGGCUGCCCUGUGACUGUCGCAAGUGCCAGCAGGCACGCUCCGAGAGGCCGCUUACCGUAGAACUGCUUCCUAUGGACACACAACUGCCGCUGCAGAACAUGAUGCAGGACGCGGCCUUUAUGUGUGCCCUCUUGUAGGCCAGCUCCGCUGCUCCGCGACGUCCCCAUCGGGUGGUUGUGUCCCUACCUUCUCAUUGGCCUGUGAAAUGCCCCUGUCAGACGACAACCUAAACGACCUUGUUAGUAAAUGUCCUUUCCGCUAAAAGA